AUGGCGUCUGCCAAUCCUACGCAGAUCUUUGCGGACGAUGUCAUCGAAGAGAAGGGAGAGAAUGCCCGUCUCUCCGCCUUCGUUGGCGCCAUCGCCGUCGGUGACCUGGUGAAGAGCACUUUGGGUCCUAAGGGAAUGGACAAGAUCCUCCAGUCAGCGUCGACCGGUGAGAUCCUCGUGACAAAUGACGGUGCUACGAUCCUGAAGGCCAUCGCUCUCGAUAACGCUGCAGCCAAGGUUUUGGUCAACAUCUCGAAAGUCCAGGAUGACGAAGUUGGUGAUGGCACAACGUCCGUGACCGUGUUGGCGGCCGAGCUGCUGCGUGAGGCUGAGAAGUUGGUGAACCGCAAAAUCCACCCCCAGACUAUCAUCGAAGGUUACCGGAUAGCCAGCCGGGCUGCCCUUGACGCCCUCGAGAAGGCUGCUGUCGACCGUAGUGCCGACAUGGAGUCUUUCCGUAAAGACCUCCACGCCAUCGCUCGUACCACCCUCAGCUCCAAGGUUCUGGCCCAGGACCGUGAACACUUCGCUACCCUCGCCUGCGACGCCGUCCUCCGUCUCAAGGGCUCCACCGACCUGAGUCACAUCCAGAUCAUCAAGAAGGCCGGUGGCAAGCUUAGUGAUUCCUACUUGGACGAGGGUUUCAUUCUUGACAAGAAGAUGGGUGUCAACCAGCCCAAGCGCCUGGAGAACGUCAACAUUUUGGUUGCCAACACAGCCAUGGACACGGAUAAGGUUAAGAUUUUCGGUGCCCGGGUUAAGGUCGAGUCGACCGGCAAACUGGCGGAGCUGGAGAAGGCAGAGCGUGAGAAGAUGAAGGCUAAGGUUGACCGCAUCAAGGCACAUGGUAUCAACUGUUUCGUCAACCGUCAGUUGAUCUACAACUGGCCCGAACAGCUGUUCACCGAGGCCGGCAUUAUGUCCAUCGAACACGCAGACUUCGACGGUGUGGAGCGUUUGGCUCUGGUCACUGGUGGUGAGAUUGCAUCGACCUUCGACCACCCCGAGCAGGUUAAGCUGGGUCACUGCGACGUUAUUGAGGAGGUUAUCAUCGGCGAAGAUACUCUGAUUAAGUUCUCCGGCGUGGCUGCCGGUCAGGCAUGCACCAUUGUGCUCCGCGGUGCUACAGAGCAGCUGCUUGACGAGGCUGAGCGCUCUCUCCACGACGCCCUCGCCGUGCUUUCUCAGACUGUGAAGGACCCCCGUGUCACCCUGGGUGGUGGUUGCGCAGAGAUGGUCAUGUCCAAGGCUGUUGAGCAAGCCGCUCAGAACACCACGGGCAAGAAGCAGCUGGCUGUUGACUCUUUCGCACUUGCUCUCAAGCAACUGCCCACUAUCCUGGCCGACAAUGCCGGUCUGGACUCCAGUGACCUCGUGACCCGACUACGACAGGCCAUCAACAACGGUAUGACCAGCUCUGGUCUUGACUUGCUCACCCCCGGUGGCGGUAUUGCCGACAUGCGGGAGUUGGGCGUUGUGGAGAGUUACAAGCUGAAGAAGGCCGUGGUUUCCUCCGCAUCGGAGGCAUCAGAGCUUCUUCUGCGCGUUGACAACAUCAUCCGGUCCGCUCCCCGUCGACGUGAGCCUUCCUUCUUCUACACCUUGGUGAAGGUACGACUGUGCUUCUACCGCCUUAAGAAGAAGGGAAUGCCCAUGCUCCCCUGGAAUCUUGUCCUUGGAAAUCUCCCGGUCCUUGCGAGGUUCAUGAGAAAGGUCCCGAAAGAUGCUCAAGAGGCAAUGUCAUUUGCACUGCUUGCCUCCGAAUCCGGACUAGAUACAUGCUUUUACAUGGACACCUGGCCAUUUGGCUUCUCAACCCUGGUUGUAACCUCCCCAGAUCUCGCUGUUCAGGCCUGUCAAACUUAUGACCUUGUCAAGCCAGACGCCCUGGCAGCAUUCAUAACUCCAAUGACUGGUGGUCCAACACUUUUUGACCGGAAUGGCGCAGAAUGGAAACGUGGACGAGAACUCUUUAGCCAUGGCUUUAGCAUGCGGUCCGUCAUGGGUUAUGUUCCGUAUAUUCUCCAAGAGGUGGAGGUGUACGUUGAUGUCCUACGAGACCUGGCCAAGACAGGCGAUACCUUUCUCUUAGACGAGAUCACCUGUAGAUACGUGAUGGAUAUCAUCGGAAAUGUCGCAAUGAACACGCGGUUUAUCAGCCAGCGAAAAUUCCAUCCAAUCGCAGCUGCAAUGCGGGAUACGAUAGACCGGGAGUGUCAAAUUGAAACAGGAAAUCACUUCAGUCGUGUGAAUCCUGUGCGCCUAUUCAAGCAGUGGUAUAACGGACGGACGAUGAACCAUUAUAUUGGAAUCGAACUCGAGAAGCGGUAUCAGGUAUGGAAACAACAAGGCGCAACAAGCUCGUCUACGUCCAAAUCUAUCAUGGAUCUCGUCAUCGCAGAGUACAUGAAGACAAGACAAGUAGCAGAGUCAACGCUCGAUCCCAAAUUCAAGGCCUGGGCCACUACGCAGAUCCGGCUGUUCCUCUUUGUCGGACAUGACUCCACCGCCGUGACCAUCAUGUACUGCCUUUACCUCCUAUCCAAACACCCAGCAGCCUUAGCCAAGAUUCGCGCAGAACAUGACAAGAUUUUCGGCACGGACCUUUCCGACGCUCCCAACUUACUCCGCCAACGCCCGGAACUAAUCAACCAACUCCCAUACACAUUGGCUGUUGUCAAAGAAACACUCCGCCUCUUCCCACCCGCAAAUGGACUCCGGGACGGUCGUUCUAACGUCUCCCUCCGUGAUCACCAAACCGGUACCACCUACCCAACGGCGGGAUUUGCAAUAUGGAUUGUCCACAGUGCUAUUCACCGUAGCGCCCAUACCUGGCCAGAUCCACAUGUCUUUAUCCCUGACCGUUGGCUCGUUGAACCCGGGCAUCCCUUAUACCCACCGCCAGGGGCUUGGAGGCCAUUCGAGCACGGAUCCCGAGACUGCAUCGGGCAGACGCUCGCCCUCCUCGACAUUCGAGUCACGCUUCUUAUGACCGUUCGUGAGUUCGAUUUCAAAGACCAAUAUGCGAAGUGGGAUCAGCGGCACCCUGCCCAUGGGCUGAAUACUAUUUUUGGGGAGCGUGCUUAUAUGAUUCAGGCAGGCUCGGGUCGGCCAGCCCAGGGGUUACCUUGUCAGGUGUCUUUUAAUAGGGGAUUCCAACCAGAGACUGGGAAGGGAAUGGAACACCAGCCAGAGUAA